UGGGGCAGGGGUGGGGGGAUUUCACUCAGGCUUCACAAGGGCCAGGGCCACAAAGCUCUAAGGGCAGGCCCAGGAGCAGCGUGGGGCUGGUGGGUGACACGAGGGUGGGGACGGGAAAAGCACAGCUGCCUUUUUCCUUCUCCAGGAGAAAAUGCUUCAUUGCUGGAUCCCUUCCAGCUCCGUGCGGGGACUUGCUUUAACUCCUGUGCCCUCAGCCUUGCCUGGCUCCCUGUGCCACAGCACGCUCAGCCAGGCUCAUUGCCCGCGCUCCAGCAGCCGUUCCUUGGUUUUUGUUAGUUUUUUAAGUUAUCCCGCGGUCUCCUGCGCUGUUGUGGCUCCAGGGCCGGCCGUGCCCCGCUCGAGUCCCGGGCUUCCCCUCACGCCGUUCUCCGCCGCCGUUACCGCUCGGGACGCCGCGCGCAGCCGCGCGGGCUGAGCCUCGCGGGCCGCCGUCCGAACGGGCGGAAGCCGGGCAGCGGGGCGCCGGAGCUGCGUGCGCACGCGCCUGGCUUCCACCUCCCCUCCCCGUCCUCCGCGCUGAUGGCGGCGGCGAUCAUGGCGGCGGAGCAGGAAGCCGCGAAAGGCGCCGGCGGCAGGAACCGCGGCGGCGUGCAGCGCGUGGAGGGCAAGCUGCGCGCCAGCGUCGAGAAGGGCGACUACUACGAGGCGCACCAGAUGUACCGGACGCUGUUCUUCAGGUAUAUGUCACAAGGAAAACAUGCAGAAGCAAGAGAACUAAUGUAUUCAGGGGCUUUACUGUUCUUCAGUCAUAACCAGCAAAACAGUGCUGCUGAUCUGUCCAUGCUGGUUUUGGAGUCUUUGGAGAAGUCGGAUGCAAAAGUAGCAGAAGACCUUUUAGAAAACUUGGCUAAAUUGUUUAGUUUAAUGGAUCCAAAUUCUCCUGAAAGAGUGGCUUUCGUGUCCAGAGCACUAAAAUGGUCCAGUGGGGUAUCAGGAAAACUUGGACAUCCAAAACUACACCAGUUACUAGCUAUUACCCUGUGGAAAGAGCAAAACUAUAGUGAAUCUCGGUAUCACUUCUUGCACUCGACAGAUGGUGAGGGCUGUGCAAAUAUGCUGGUGGAAUACUCCUCGUCCCGCGGAUACCGCAGUGAGGUGGACAUGUUUGUAGCUCAGGCAGUACUACAAUUUCUCUGCUUAAAAAAUAAGACCAGCGCAUCAGUUGUUUUUACGACAUACACACAGAAACAUCCUUCGAUAGAGAAGGGUCUACCCUUUGUGCAACCACUGCUGAUCUUCAUCUGGUUUCUGUUGUUGGCAGUUGAUGGAGGAAAACUAACAGUAUUUACAGUAUUGUGUGAACAGUAUCAACCUUCGCUGAAAAGAGACCCCAUGUAUAAUGAGUACCUAGAUAGAAUAGGACAGCUUUUCUUCGGAGUUCCGCCCAAGCAGACCUCGUCCUAUGGAGGAUUGCUAGGAAAUCUUUUAAACAGUCUGAUGGGAACUGGGGAAGAUGAUGACACAGAAGAUGGUCAGGAAGACAGCAGUCCUAUCGAGCUCGACUGAAUGUUGUUGUCACUGGGUGCCGUGUAAAUCUGAUGAUUCGAUGACUCCAAAGACACUUUUGGAAUUUGAAUCCUGCAGUUGUUUCUUGGCUCCUAAAAGGGCUCCUCUGGUCUUUUAGAAAUGGUUGCUGAAAUGUUUAUACUGUCGGUCUAUAUUAUUUAUGUAAAAAAAAAAAAGAAAGAAACCAACAAAAAGUAGCCAAACGAACCAAUCGGAGCGGUUGUUAGUGGGUUUCUGAUCCAGCAGCUGGGACUGAUUAAACAUAGUCUGCGGUUUCUGAUGCAGUAUUCCCUUUUGCACAGUCUUUCAAUAAAGCAUAAGCACGGGGCUUGUCCUUCACAGCCUACCCAAUACCAUCUGUGUUCUGACAAAGCCUCCUUGCCCUCUGCCCUCUUCCAAGGAAGAUCUCGAAAGGCAGGGGGAGCAAUUGAAUAAUUGAUUUGUGAGGCUGGUGCCAAAAGUACUGCGAGACGAGCCAAGCAGCAUAAUUUGAGAUGCACAUCCGAGAGACAUUGAUACAAGAACUUGCUUCCACUGCCAUGAGUAACAUGCACACCCUUCAUACUGCCUGCCCCUCUCCCCAAGGCCAGGCUCUGGCUGAGCCCACGCGUGUGUUUAGCCGAUACUUCCUGAAAAGCACAAGGUUGAAUAGCUCUUGAGUAAAAGCCCAUCAGUGGAACGCAGGUAAUUGGCUUCCAGGUGGAUCUCUCUUGCCUAGGUAUAAAAAUUUGGCGUCUAAAAUAUGUCCUGUGGCUUGUGAAUGUACUUUGGAAGAGAUUUUGGCAGUGUAAGUUCCCAGCUGUACGUGCAGGCGGCAGCAUUGCUGUGAGCAGAGCAGUUUGCCGUGGGCAGGGUAUGUGUUUGAACUGGGCUGGAUGGCAAGAAAAGGGAUACUGCAGAGCUUCUGGUUCUUUAUGAUAUAUUUAUUUUUCUUGGGUGAUUGAUUCAUUUAACACUUUCUGUUAAAAAAAAAAAAGAGUAAAUCAAUAAAUAAUGGAGUAACUUCACCCCCAGCAGUAGGCAUAGCCAUUCUCCAUCUCCUCUGUAAUGCAGCACAGUGUGGUACAGGGAACAGGUGAAAGGGUGGGGAAACGCUUUAUUUUUUCACGAUGAAAAUAAAAAGGCUUAGAUUAAUAAACAGCAAUCAUGCAUGGGGGAGGGAUUAAUACAAAUUUAUUGACUGUAUGAAAAAAAAAAGGCAUUGACAGGAAGACUUUGUGUUAAUUGUGAAGUCUCAAAUAAACACUUUAUACCAGGA